ACACAUAAACCCUAUUUCAAGAAAACUACAAUCUUCCUUCCUAGUAAAGUGAAAACCAAUUAAUUAAGCCUCCAUACAUACAGUUAGUCACAUGAAAGAGCAGCCUUCAAAAUUUCAGCUCACCAAAUUAAAACCGCUAUAAUAAGCACAUAGACUCAUGCACGCCAACUCUACCAUAUAACUCACACCAUGCCCAUGCACUCUCACAACAUUAUGACCAUAAUCAACCCUCAAAACAUGCCUAUUAUUUCUUCCUCCAAUUCUUCCGGCACCGAACCUUCCCGAGGCGGCGGUGGUGGCAGUGGCGGCGUAUUUUUCUUUCCCGAGGUUCAGAUGCUGGAAUUGGCCCUCGCGGUCACGGUUUUCGUGACAAUACAUGCCCUGCGUCAAGGGAAGAAACAUGGGUUAGCUUAUUGGCCAAUUGUGGGGAUGUUACCUUCUUUGAUUCUUGGGCUCCAGGAGGACAUGUAUGAGUGGAUUUCUGGGGUUCUUUGCCGCAUGAAUGGGACGUUCACCUUCAGAGGGCCAUGGUUCACUAAUCUCAACUGUGUGGUCACUUCUGAUCCAAGAAACCUGGAGUAUCUUCUCAAGACAAGAUUCUCAAACUUCCCGAAAGGGGAGUAUUUUCGCAGCACGGUCCAGGAUCUUCUGGGGGAUGGGAUUUUCAGCGCAGAUGAUGAGAUUUGGCAGAGCCAGAGGAAACCAGCCAGCCUUGAAUUCCAUUCUGCCAAAUUUAGAAACCUCACUACUAAUUCCCUCCUCGAGCUCGUCCACUCGAGGCUUUUGCCUGUAAUGGAGGACUGUAUCGAGCAAUCCGUGCCCCUCGAUCUGCAGGACGUUCUCCUCCGCCUCACAUUCGACAACGUCUGCAUCAUUGCCUUUGGAGUCGACCCGGGGUGCCUCCGCCCCGGGUUGCCAGAGAUCCCAUUCGCGCAGGCCUUCGAGGCUGCAACAGAGGCAACUAUCACUCGAUUUGUCCUCCCCACGUUUAUAUGGAGGAGCAUGAGGGCUCUCGGGGUGGGGACAGAACGGGGGCUGAAGCAGUCUUUGAAAAAGGUGGACGAGUUUGCAGACGAAGUGAUCAGGACGAGGAAGAAGGAGCUGUCCCUGGCAUCAGACGGCAGCAAACAGAGAUCAGAUCUGCUAACUGUGUUCAUGGGACUGAGAGGUGAAGAUGGGAGGCCAUUUUCGGAUAAGUUCUUGCGGGACAUUUGUGUGAACUUCAUAUUGGCUGGGAGAGACACUUCAUCUGUGGCACUAAGCUGGUUUUUCUGGCUCCUGAAUCGAAAACCCGAGGUGGAGGAGAGAAUCCUGGGUGAAAUCUGUCAGGUUUUGAACUCCAGGGAGAAUGGUGGUAGUACCAACACAGAGAAUCAGGACACAUUGAUAUUCAAGCCAGAAGAGAUCAAGAAAAUGGACUAUCUACAGGCUGCUCUUUCAGAGGCUCUCAGACUCUACCCUUCAGUUCCUGUUGAUCACAAGGAGGUUCUUGAAGAUGAUGUUUUCCCAGACGGCACAGUGCUAAAGAAGGGAACCAAAGUGAUCUACGCAAUCUACGCAAUGGGGAGAAUGGAGGGCCUGUGGGGAAAAGAUUGCAGAGAGUUCAAACCAGAGAGAUGGCUAAGAGAUGGAAGGUUCAUGAGUGAGUCUGCUUACAAGUUCACCGCCUUCAAUGGCGGCCCAAGGCUCUGCUUAGGCAAAGAUUUCGCAUAUUACCAGAUGAAAUUCGCAGCUGCAUCUAUACUGUACCGCUACCAUGUGAAGGUGGUUGAGAAUCAUCCAGUCAAGCCAAAAAUGGCUCUCACACUCUACAUGAAAUAUGGGUUGAAGGUGACUCUUUCCAGGCGCGAUCCUCCUCAUCUUCAUCACUAUCUGAACAACAAUGAGUAAGAACCUGUGGGUUAUUAUUCAACAAUAUUAUACUUCUUAAUUGUUGUUUUUUUUUGGGUGGUAAGUAAGAUAUAUAGACUGGGAAACUGGGUUGUUCAAGAAUGGGAGACUGCUAUUAAGAAUGGACUUUGCUUCUUUCAAUUUCUGUAUAUUUAUUUUUCAGAAAC